AUGUGGAGCCUCUCUAUGUAUGACGUCGAGCAUCCGAGCUUUGCUCUGAAGGCAGCUGUAGCUGCGAAUGUGCUGGCACCACCUUCCCUGACAUUAGAACAAGUACGGGAGCUGCAGGAGGCCGAGAUUGUGGAGUACUCCAAGCCAGACUUCCAGACGCUCAUUCGGUUAGCAGGUGCUUUGGCUUGCGGCACCCUGGAGUGCUUUGCAUUGAAGGAACGAGCUGUGCACUGCUCUCGAAACGACCCCGGAGAAGAGAGCUCAUGUGCGGCAACAGCUCUGUCUCCAGGUGCAGGUGCCGAUUGUGGGCAGACUCGGCUUUGA